AGUUAGAUCCUGUGUUUCGCGUUGAACACAUCAACAAUGAACGACGAAAACAGAAAUACCGAGUUAGUGAACUGGUUCAAAAAAGCCUUGGGCACCGAGGAAUGCACGGUGGAAUUACAAGGAAUGAAAGAAAAAGGUGAUGGUUACUUAGCGGACAUAAAUUUCGCCAAAAUUACUCUGAAUGAAACCAAUAAAAACUCCCAGGAACUCUACCUGAUUGCCAAAGUGAGUAGAACCGCAGUAGACAUGCGCUCAUUCUCCGAAGAUCUUUGCAAAAGGGAAGUAGCCUUUUACGCGGAGAUAGUGCCAUUGAUGUAUCAAUUCCAAAAAGAAAAAUCCAUCGAGCGACCAUUCAAGGCGCUCCCCAAGUGCUACAAGGCUUUCGAAACGAAAGAAACGGAAGUUAUAGUCCAGGACAACAUGGUGCAAAAAGGAUACCGGUUGCACAAUAAGAGAAUACCCAUGAACAUGAAUCACAUUAAACUAGCUCUUAGAAAUUACGCCAAAUUCCACGCUAUAUCUUUAGCCCUGAACGAUCAAAGACCGGAAGAGUUUGAGCGAAUCGAACGGAAUUAUACAAAUUUGUUUCUGGAGAAAAUCAACUUAUUCGAAGGGAUGUAUAAAAGCACCGUGGAAAAGGUAAUUGGGAAUUUGAUCGAAAUAGGAAGAAGCGAUCUCGCGAAACGGUACGAAAAACUCAUGGAGAGAGGCACAUGCAACAUUCUGAUCGACCUGUUCAACGAUUUACCCAAAGAAAGGGUCAUUACGCACGCGGACUGUCAUAAUGGAAACCUCCUCUUCAAAUAUAGGGACAACGAGGAAAACAACCCAACAGACAUGGUGAUGCUAGACUUCCAAAUUUCCUGCGUAUUUUCACCCAUGAUAGACUUGGCUCUCUUUUUGUAUUGCGGCGGUUCCAAAGUUGAAUUGGACCAGUUGGAAUACAUCCUGGAAUACUAUCACAAGGAGCUUUCAUCGUUCCUUUCGGAAUUGGGCAGCGACGUCGAGAAACUGUUUCCAGUUUCGGUCAUGUGGGAGCACUGGAGAAAAUACGCCUUCCACGGUUUCAACGGCGGUACGUGCAUUUUGGAAUUGUUCUUCGUCGAAACCGAUGAUGUUCCCAAUUUCGAUGAUACUAGUACUUGGCAGGAUGACGGUUCUGGUUCAGGAGACCAGAAGCUCUUUAAUAUAAAAGUGAAAAACCGAGAGCCGUAUUUGGAGAGGUUGAGGGAUAUUGUGGAACAUUAUUUGAAUUUUAAUAAAAUACAUUAAGCAUUUGAUGUUUGUUUGAAAUUUAUAUAAUUUAAAUGUUACCUAAGGUUACAUAAAUGUUUUAUUUUUUGAUGUUUACCAGGCUAUUCA